CCGCGUCCGCCUUGGGCUCGGCGGCGUGCAACUGCAGCCCCGGCCUCGAAUCGGAAUCCCAGCCCAGGUGGCGGCCAGCUCUCGUAAUUGUCGCGCUCGCUUCCAUCUCGAGUCGCGAGUUGGCCACCCAACCACCCCCCAGCUUAGUGCGUCGUGUGCUUCCCUCGCCGCAGACACGAGGCAAGCAGCAAUUCAAAUUUUGAAGUUUCCUGAAGUCCUGAGUUAGUGCUCUGCGCCCUGCUGCCGUCGCAGUCGCGGUCUUCCUUCCUGCCCCCAACCAAAACACGCCGACCCAGCCAAACACUCUCUCCCCCGCGCACGCUUGGGCUUAACUUCUCCAGUUCUCUCCCUCGUCACGAAGUCGUUCCAACGCAACUCUACGAGUUUGCUGUCGUGCUCCGCUGCUCUGCUUCGACGGACGGAGGAGCUAGUAAUAAGCUGCCACGAAGUGCCAUGCCGUUGCCGCGGGGAAAGGGGAGGCCGGUUCCGGUGGCGCCGAGGAAGGGCUGCAGGUCGCAGGAGCUCGAGCAGGAGGUGAAGAGGCUGCAGGAGGUGCUGCGGGAGGAGACGGCGCUGCACGGCAUCCUCGAGAACGCGCUCGACCACGCCGCCGUCACCCUCGCCGACAUGUCCUACCUCCCCACCAACGCCCAGGAGCUGCUCUCCAACAUCUCCGCAAUGGAGACCGCCGUCUCCAAGCUGGAGGAGGACAUGGUCUCCCUGCACUUUCAGCUCAUCCAGGAGCGGAACGAGCGGCGGCUCGUCGAGUACCGCCUCAAGCAGCGGCCCCUCUGCUCCCACCACGGCUCCGCCAAGUCCCAAUCAGACGACGCGGCGAGCGAGAAAUCCAGCAAAGGGGUGAAGGUCCACCCUUGCGCUUCCCCUCACGACUCGGCCCCGAAAUUGCAGAGACAGUUUUCGGUGAAAAGCUUCGGCAACGCAAACCCGAACCGCCUGUCGGAGGACAUCGUCCGCUGCAUGAAGAACAUCUUCAUUUCGCUCUCAGAUUCGUGCAGGGAGGCCUCGAGGAACAACCCCUCCAUGGGAAACCAGCAGUCCAUCCCGUCUCCUAGCGGGAUCUCUGCCUUCUGGUCUCUGUCCGAGCCGUCUUCCAUUUCUUCCUGGGUGCAGAGCCCCCAGGUCGACCUGAACCAGAACAACAAUCUGCUGGCUUCGGAGACCGUUUUCGAUCCGUAUAAAGCCCGGGAGAAGCUUAGUUGGUCCGAGAUUGGAAGCUAUGGCGCAGCCGCUGAAGUUUCAUGGAUGUCAGCCGGGAAAAAACAACUCGAGUAUGCUGCAGAAUCACUCCGGAAAUUCAGGUUGCUAAUUGAGCAGUUGGCAGAAGUAAACCCUGUUCAUCUCAAUGAAGAUUCGAGGUUGGCGUUUUGGAUCAAUUUAUACAACGCCUUGUUAAUGCACGCGUACCUUGCUUAUGGUGUUCCACGAAGUGAUAUGAAACUGUUUUCGCUAAUGCAAAAGGCUGCGUAUACAAUUGGAGGGAAUUCAUUCAGUGCAGCAUUCAUCGAAUAUAUUAUUUUGAAGAUGAAACCACCAAAUCACAGACCGCAGAUGGCUCUGCUUCUUGCCCUUCAGAAGAUAAAGGCACCUGAGGAGCAGAAAAAGUUCUGCAUUGCAGCACCUGAGCCACUUCUGACGUUUGCUCUCAGCUGUGGAAUGUAUUCUUCACCCGCGGUGAAGAUAUACACAGCUACCAAUGUAAGGGAAGAGCUUCAGGAUGCACAACGUGAUUUCAUUAGAGCAUCUGUAGGAGUGAGUCGAAAGGGGAAGCUUCUGAUCCCUAAAAUGCUGCACUGUUUUGCGCGAGGUUUUGUUGAUGACAACAGCUUCCCUAUCUGGAUAUCACAUUUUCUGCCUCAGCAGCAGGCUACCUUUGUUGAGCAUUGUGUGUCCCAGAGGCGGCAAAGCUUCCUGGGCACCCGGACUUUUGGCAUCAUUCCAUUUGAUUCCCGAUUUCGAUACCUUUUCCUGCCUGAUAUGGGAUCAUCAAAUUGAGUGUGCUGUCAUAUCGUCACUCAUCCUGAUAGCAGAAGUGCAGCCUGAUAGGAGGAAACAAUCGUCGGGACGGAAUGUCCAAUGCAAGCAAGCCUAAACUGCUAGCUAGGAGUUGAACCUAGCUAUUUCAGUAAGAAAUCAAGUCGAAAGGAUUACAAGUGUACAUGCGCUGUUCAAGAAAUGGCAGCAGGUUUGUUUCAACACUGAACCAGUGUGCCACAGCUGGGCUGAAAGGCUGGUAUCCUCGGAUGUAAAUCUUGAGCAUCCCUUAAUAGGUGUUGGACUCGACUUCUAGUCGAAUUCAGUGAUAAGUUGUUGUAUAUGAUGUCUACUAGCAAAUACUCCAUAAAUUUGAAGUUCCUGGUUGAAGGCAUUCACUCAUGUUGUUGCAUCAUUAUCUAAGAAAAAAAACUCAUAGCAUCGUAUGUCUUACUGCUAUGGUCCUGACAAAAUGUAUAUCGGGUCUGCCUGCUGUGUUGUCGUGUACAUUUUCUCUCUUGAAAGAAGGCAACGAAUUCCAUGUACAUUUUUUCUUUCGAAAGUCAUUAUCUAAGAUAAAA